UAGUGAGGAGGUGCCCACAAUUCCACGCGCCCGGUUCAUGCUUGGAGAUGUCGUCCAAUCUUUCCUACUACGCUUUACGGAUGGCCCACUUGAGCGCUCGGAUAUUUGGAGAAGUGGCUCGCCCGACUGAUUCGUCGUCCAUGAAAGUCGUGAAGCUGUUAAGCGAGCAGCCCUAUGCGAAACGGAAGGAAGUUUAUGGCUGGUAUCCUCCGCACAAUACCUACCACAACCUCAUGACGAAACUUCGCUUCUAUGGCCUCUACAGAGAUGAACAUGAAGAUUUCAAAGACGAGAUGAAACGGCUGAAAAAGCUGCGCGGGAAAGGACGCCCUAUGAAAGGAGAAGGAAAGAGAGCGCUGAAGAAGAAAUAACACACUUGUUACAGUAGAUCUUGUAUUUAAUAAACACGUAUUGGACAGAU